AUGCACCCCACGGUCGCUUUAAUACCCUUCUUUGCAUUCAUAACAACAAUCUCUGCAGUUCCCAUAUCUCUACAUACCGUAGCACGAUCCGUACCCGAUAUCAAUCAAGUUGCCCGGAAUCCAGCACCGAUUGAUGGCAGAGUCAACUGGGAAGACGGCAAGCCCUCUCUCGGCGAUACUAGCAAUAUCUCCAAGGAGGAUCUCAAGAAGCUCAAGGACCUUAUACAUCACUUGCUUGGAGAACGAGCCGCCCCAGAUGUCGCGGGCAUCGUGGUAGACAGAAGUAUCGGUGAUGUGCAACGACCUGCGCGAGACCCUGUUUAUUUUCACGUCUGA